AUGGCAAUUAGCAGGUCAACUUAGAUGCGGACCAUUCUAUUAACUGCAUACACUUAACAAGAACUUUGAGACCUACAAUGAGUAUUUCAAACAGGGCCUGCAAGAAUCGGGAGUCAGAGUUACAACUGACGAGGUAAUGGUGCCAUUUAAGGUGAACUUGCUCCCCAUCUAGAUUCCGCAAGAUUUAGAGAGACACUGAAUUGAGGGACUCCUUCAGAACUACACCCGUAUUGUGCCUGCGGAUGCCUAACUCAGAUCUUCGUCUAGAAACCAAACAGAGCUAUGAGGAACUAAUAGACUUUCCUAUAGUUUCGUCAUAUUCGAUUUUCUGACAUAAGCAAUAAUGCAGAAAGGAAGAGGCAUGCCUUUUCCUACGGCAAAACUCGAAAUUAAAGCUGCGCUAUGGUAUUGUAAAAACAAUCAGUUCGAUAUUUAUCCGUCUAACACUAAAUCCACCUCUACAGGAAUUGAGUUUGCUUACGAGACGACGAUUGAUGGACAGCGCUGGACUUGUCCGAACUCAGCGAAGCCCGAUGAACGCACACCGUGAACCAGUCUGAUCCCCGCUCUGGUCCAGGGCGUCUUCAGCACAGUCUGUUGUUGAGCCACGCCACUCCACGUCUCAAAGGUUGUUUACAUUGGUCAACCAUCGUGUAUACCUGAUCGCAACCGACAUGACACGGAGUCCGUGGAUCAAUGGUUAGAGCACUGGGCUUCUAACUAACAGGUCGCGGGAUCGAGUUGCAGGGGUUGUCUGGCCGACGACGGUCAAUAAAUCAGGAAUGGCAACUACAGUCUGUCUCCCUUGUCUUUGUCGGUAAUGCUAGUCUUCCUAUAUUAUGCGCCGCUAUGCGGUGACAGGACUCGCUAGAGAGCCCCAAGCCACAAGGGGACGAGUGAGUUUCGUAACGCGAUGGCUGAGUGCCCCUGAGUGCGCCUUGUAGGACGGAAGAUGGAUAGACCAAUUCAUCCACUGGUUUAUCGUAGAAAAAGAUAUGCAGAGUUCAUUCUACGUUCUGAAAUUAACCAUCUUGAUUCGCAAACGGGGUUCCGCCUAGGGUCAUAACUCACUGUUCUCAAGAAAAAAUGUAGCAAGCAGAAAUUAAACAACUCCCAAAUGAGUACCCCCUUACUUUGUAUGUCAGUGCAUGCGGCAUCAAGAGUCAAACACCAUGGUCGCCCAAGCGCCAACUAAAGCCACAGCAAGCCCUCUCAUAGGUGAGAAAUUUGUCUGAUCUUGUAACAAGACAGGUGGAAAAACAUCAAACGCAAGUAGCGCACAAAACCGACGAAUAGCUUGCACGCACAACUUGUGUAUCCUGUUGCAAAAGAAAAAGUGUGAUCUAUCAAACCCAUUGCGGCAAGUGGGAUGAAGUCUACUGCGUUCAGGUGAGAAAAUCUGCCCCCCAUUCGUAUAAAUAAAAGGCAGUUAGUGACCAGGGACAAAACCGCAUAUAUCAGAUGGUCAUACGCACACAUUGGACGCGUAUUUGUACGAAACAGAACUCACAUUGUUGGUUCCUGCCCUAAAAAGAAAGACUGCAGAUUCUUGGAGACAACGCACUCAGGUGAAACAUGCAUAAAUAGGAAUAUCAACUUGGAUAUCUCACGGAAUACUCACAAAGACAAAUACAGACGAACGCAGUUAGUCCAGUCAGGGUGAGUAAAUGCUAUAGAGUGGCACUUGUUAGGCAAGGUUAGAUUGCUCAUUUCUGUGCCUAGUCUCUGCGUCUGACAAGUAGAUGAAGGAUUAUUCUCGAAAAUGUACACACUGCAAUGAAAGUUGUUUUAUUGGCAAAACAGUUUAUUAUUUUACUAUAUAUGCAUAUGUGCGCAAGCAUUGAAGGAUGUACCUUCCAAGAAAUGAACUAAGCUCAAGUAAGCUCUCUAGGAAAUACAGGAAAUAAUUUUCGUAAAUUUUCGAUGAUUUUUUUCCCAGGCGCAAUAAAUGCGCAAAACAGUCCGAAGAAGUCAAUACUGGUCUGCUUAUGGCGAUGAACGAUUUUUAUCACGUGAAAAAAUAUCUGUCUCAUUUUCUAUCCAACAAAAGCCAAGAAUCUCUCAGAACCGUAUAUUCCGACUACCGUAUAUCGAUACAUCGAAUAAAACGCAAUAUAUAAAAAGAGAGGAGGAAAUGACAAAGACGACAUUAAAUCCAAAUUGGGUGACAGCCUGUAGCAAUCGCUGAUUGGCUGAAACAGAACAGCAUUGGCUUUUACAGAUACGCUUGAAAUUCUGACUGUUCUAUCCAUUUGACUGUCCACCGUCCUUAUCGACGAUUUCCAUCGUUGCCUCAGAGCAGGGUGGGCGCAGACUUGCGCGUGAAUUAGCUUGUGGUGAUAGUGGACUUGGACUGCAUCUAGCGCACUCUCUCCCUCCUCGCCCUCCUAAGCCCGAUGUCAAGUCAGAGUCAAAAGGACGAACGACGGGAUUGGGUACAAGAGAAAGCGCGGCGUGAGCUUGUGCCUUACUAUGGGUGCACAGUCCAAUAACGCGUACCAUACACAAAUUUGCCCCUCCCCUCUAGUUGCGCAGAGCUCCCGCGGGGCCUGUUCGCCGCACGACUAACGACGAUCUGGGGAGCCAGUGUCGAAGGAUUGCAGAAGAAAGUUUGUAAGCUAUCCCAAAGAAUUUACCUGACCUCAUCAUCCGUUAUGAUUGUAGGCGCUCACCGAUCUCCUUACGGGAGUUACUUGCCCCGUUGCGGGCUCGAUAUAGAGCCCCGUAGGCAGCCCAAUGGCGACUGGUAGUAUACGCAGAUGGAGACCACCGACAAAGACUGGACUGGUCAUUUCUGAUUUGUUGUUUGUCGUCGGCCAGCCAGAAAUGACCAUUCCGAUGUACUUCGUUGUUAUAUGUGUAUACAUCUAUAUGUGCGGGAAAACGGGCAUCCCAAUCGCGUUACGGGACUCACUCGUCCCGUUAUGCCUUAGGGCUCUCUCGAGCUCCCAGGUGUUCUACAUUUCGGGGUUGGGUUUGGUUGGCUGACGACGGCUUAUAAGCUAGAAAUGGGCGUUCUAGUCUCCCCUGUCUUCGUCGGCAAUGCUAUCCUGCCCGUAUCACGCGCCGCUGCGCGGCUGCUGCUUGGGCUCGAGAGAUAGAGCUCUAAGGCACAACGGGACACGUGACUUCCGUAAAAUGAUCGGUGAGCGCCCGUCUGCCAUUAUAUAUGCAUGUAUAACGCUGGGAUGAUAUUUCCUCUACCAGGUAGGGGGACAUGUCUAGAGCUCCAUUCAAAGCACUGUUAAGCAAUCUGAUAGCGACCAGUAGUGCUGCAGAAGUGCGACGAAGACAAGGGAGACUGGGGUGAUCAUUUCUGCUUUAUUUACAUUUGUUAGUCAAGAAUCUCGUAUUAUCCACGUCUAGAUUUGAGUAUAGCUUGCUCACGCCUACUAACGAGCCAGAAAGGGUCAUUCCAGUCCCCGUUGCCUUUAUCGGUAUUCUGCCUCCAUGCGAGACUGCCAGAUUGAGUCUGCGGGCGUAAGUUGGCGAGAUUAUCCCCAAAACUGACUGGUGAACGAUGCUCCUACGACGACCAGCGUGUAAGCCCUAAAGAUAUAGUCGGCUAUUUAGAUGGCAAGGAGCCGUCAGCAAGAUUCCAGGCGGCACAUACAAUGUUGCGUACUGUGGUUAAACUCGAAAAUCUGCUUCUACACGUAUACAUGAAUAUCGGUUUAUAGAAAACAUGUACAUAAAUAUUCUUUCUUAGAUUCAUUUGGUGGAAAAUUGCAUUGUUUUCGAACUGCGUGCCUGAUGAACGGGUACCUUUUGGUUUUAAGAAAGUGUGUUAUUACGGGUUUCCUAAGAUCGUUAAAUUCGCCUUUAUACAACACCGUAACUGUCUGUUUAUAAAUGCUGCAUAUGAGGUAUACAAAAUGGUCAAAAUCCAUUGCAGAAUUUUCCGAGCUCUAUGCAAUGCCUUUGCAACAGCGUGGAAAAGUGUUUAACUUCCUGAUACGGAAGAUAUGCGGUAUGUUAAUUGGAAACCCUAAGCACAGCUGCAAAUAGAGGUCGAAUCGGAAAUUACUUUAGGAUAAAAACUCUAACUUGAGGCUGUUUUAAGUGUGCAAUUUGAUGAAGCCAUGAUUUGCUACUGGGUGAGUACAAGAAAGGGUAUUUUUGUGCAUUCUGCCCACAGUAUACUUGAAGUUGUAAUAGAUUUUUCAGGUUACUUAGAGUUGUAGGAAUGAACGGAGAAUACCCAGUUGUUUUGUUCAGCAACUGUUGGCCCAAUGUCGAUUUAAAGCCUUCUUUAUAUUCUGCACAAGAAUUCUCUAUAAAAUUGGCCGCAGUUGCGCAGUCAACAGAUUUUAUUUGAAAAGCGUAGCUGGCCAAGAAUUCGUAAAUGAAAUAUAUACGCAAGUCAAACAGCACAAACAACCUCCAUCCUUUAAACUUUCGACGUUUUUAUCCCCGAAUAGGACUGUCCGACUGUGCUAUAUUUUCUGAAUAACAUGACUUAACUGCUUGGAAGUACAAAGAUGCGAAUUAUCGGCGAUAACUCUCGCACACUUGUGAACCUAAGAGCUUUGCAACACGUAGUGUAUGGGUAAAAAACGCAAUAACAUGCAAGUCUGUCGCAUUUGAAUCCCGUAGUUCUAAAAUGGAUUUGUUACCGUCUGCUGUUCUGCCGAUUUUAAUAAACUUGGACCGGCGGUCCAGGUUUUGGGGUCUGGGACCUCAAGGACGCCUUAUUCAGGAGAUGGGUGUUUCCCGCGGUCAACUUAUUGAAUGUAGCUUGCGUGGAACCCGACGCGUUACAAAUUAGCGGUCAGUGGUCGACUGCAAAGAGCCGGAAGAUCAAUGGAAGAUCAACGACUGAUGAACAAGGCAGCAUCGACACGAAGUUUCCGUCGGCACUGAAAACUUUAAUUAGCCACUUUCCUCACAGACUGUACACGUUUACUAAAAGCUUUUGCGGAAUUCUGAGUGAACCCUGAACCUGCUGAGCGAUACUCUUACCGAAAAGCCCAUAAAAUUAAAGCCCAUUUUAGAAAGCGAAUAAUAGUUCUUGUGCAACCAUAGUGAUGGUACACCCUAAGAGCAUUUUACCAAGAAGACAGAUAAAACCGAAAAAUCUACUCUUGCCAACGGUAUGCUGCAGGCAUCCGACUUUUUAGUCCAGCCAAGAGUAUAAAUGUGAGUUCACAACUUUCUAACAAGGCCCCAGAUAGGCAGUCUAUUUCUCGUUUUUUUAAAUUAAACAGGGGCAUUUCUCAUUGAGGUGCGCUCUGUGGUCUGUUCAGAUUUUUAUCGUUCGUACAAAGAGAUAGAAAUGGGACGAAAUCCUGCCAACAGCUGCAAAUCAGACACGCUGACCUGCCGCCUUUGAAUUGCGUAACUUUAACGAUGUUUUUAAGAUCACGGCCAAGCGGUAGCGGAAUUUUGUUUUCUUGAAAUUCCGCAGACGCCAUUCUGCGUAAGUUGAUUUAUAACUGGAAACACGAAUUUGCAAGUUAGGAAGGAUGAUUUGACCGCUCGUCUCUACUUCUUCUAAGUGACUCGGGACGUUUCGGGCCGGAACAAAACUCAUAGUUUCUCACCGCACACAAUAUUAAUUAGUUUAAAGAAGAUCGGUAACAAUCGGGAGAUGGCACUCAAGAAAAUCCGCAUAACCAAAGCAGCCUGUCUCAGGGGACAGGUGGUAAUAGGGGUUUUAUGGGUGGUGGCUGGUCGGGAUGUACAGUAUUAGCCAACGGAAAGGCUUAUUUGAACAGGUGACUGAUCAAAGUUUGCCCGCUCUCCGUUCCAUUAUUACAAAAUGGGUCGCCAAAGCAGUAUAGUGGUAACGGCUGAGUGGAAGGCGUAUAAUCGUCUUCCCUCAGAAGGUUACCUAUAUUUCUCUGUUAACCACUCAAAGAACUUCAAGGACCCUACCACCGGACGGCACACCAAUGCCAUUGAGGCAUACUGGAGUAGACUGACAAGGAAACCCCACGAAGGAGGCCCUGUAUGUGGUCGAGCUGUGUGGGCUCACAUAGACGAAGUACAGUAUCGUCUUUGGUUUGGCCUCAAUGCCAUGUCUUUGACAGAUGCCUGGGAACUGUUCCUGUCCCAUCUCGUGCAGACUUAUUCUAUUUAAUAGUGAUUUUGUUUUGUAAUAAACUGCCAUGAUGCGAAUGUAUGCCGUAUAUUCAGGUGUACGUGUGUAACGAUGUGGAAGGUUAGGUAACAGCGACCAUCGUCUAUGUAACCUCCUGCGAUGCUUGUUAGGCCGUCGCGGAAAGCGCAAGUAGCGUGGGAAAGUAGGCUUGCAAGCGCUGUUAUAGCCUGAAGGCGUUUGAGAUCACUGAUAAAUGUAUUAUUUCUAGGUAACGGAUUUUUUUGGGUGCCAUCUCUCGAUUGUUACCAGAAGAUCCUUGUAUUUACUUACGAAAGGCAAAAUUUUCGCAUGUAGAUUGGGUUGUCUUAUUUUCCUGACUUCAUUAAAAUUGUUCCCUCCCACUUGAUAGAAUUCAGUAGCCGAGCCACUACCUCCGGUCAUGAGCACUUACUUUAUUUCUGCAGCCGCUUAUGGCAUAAACUUCGGAUUCAGUUAUCCAUUUGAACGACAAUUAGAGCUUUCUUGAUGCCUUUGUUGAAAUAUGUGCCAUGUGAGGUCUGAAUCAAUUUUGUUGGGAAAUGGUUUUUUCGGAAGUUAAUAAAAAAACCCUUGGCCUCGCGUCCUGGACAUUUACGCUGUCAUAAAUUUUAACCAAGUCAUGAAAUUUGAGUUAAUGUCUAAGUGCAUUUACGUAACUUUAUUUCUAUUGAUAAAUGCUGUAAACAGAUUUUAUACUUUAAGAUCCACCUGGCGACUUGUUUAGGGCGCAUGUCUAUGAGCUGACCUAUGCCGAACGAAGGUUUUAACAGUCUUGAGGGUUCUGAAGGCAACAGCGGUGUUUGCAACUCGUCAGUGAACUCUGGGUUACCGGUACGAUUUAUUUCAAGGUUAUCAGAAGGAAAUUUAGAGGCUUAACCCGAUUCCAUACAUAACAAACCUGAGUAAUCAACAUCUCUCUUGCCGGAAUCGCUUCAUAAAUGUGUACAACUGUCCAAGUUGGCAGUAGUCAGUUGUGCAGUUCCCAAUCUAAACUCACUAGUUUCCAAAUUUCUGACGAAAGCUUAAUAUUUCCCGCUGAGAUGGCAUUUUAGCCUGCACAAAAUUAAUCCACAAAUUGAACGUGCAUCGAAUGAAUAAUUACACGUCCUUUGUGUAGUACCUGGGCAAAUAAGAAUGGUCUGGGACCGAAAAUGUGAUCCUAAUUUACGCAUGUUUCAACCUCAUUGAAGCGAACUCUGACUUUCAAGUUGAGGCAGUAAAAUUCCGCUUAUACCUGCCCUUUUCCCCGUUUCAGGUGAAAAUCUGGUUUCAAAACCGUCGUUAUAAGCUGAAACGCCAACUACAGGACAAAAGUCUCGAGCUGGCCACGUACAGUUCCUCUCAGAACUAUAACCAAAACAUCCGUUAUCCCUGCACUGUUGGUCCACAUCGUUCAAUGACUGCCUACGCCCAUGCUGGGGGCGGAGUAGGCACAUUACGAAGGUCUAGCGAAACCAGUAGCGGCGAGUCACUGGACUACGGUCACAAAGGCGAGGCCGUCUUCGACCCACACCACUCUAACCGUAAGUGCGGUGACAAAUUGUACAAUUACCUUCAUCUCGGUACGGGCAGUCAGGUAGACGGAACAGGUCGUCGCGACUGCGAUCCAACGACAGCGGACGUGCAAAACACGGGCCUUGUUCCCAGGACACCCCGCAGUGAGGGGGAACUGUGGUCCUGCAGAACCCCACAGCACCCCCACUCCCGCCCUCCUCACCCGCCGGCAUCCUUCGAUGUCGCCUACGGAGGGCCAGCCACUGCGCGUCCAGCCGCCACCACCGCCGGAAAAGUCCCCCCAAAUCCCAGUCAGCGGUCGACAGGUGGCGCGCAUGUCGACUCCCGAGCCGCUUGGCUCUCUGUGUUCAAUCAGUCAGUUACUGCCGGUCAUCUCUCGCAUUCUGCCCAGUGCAACUGGCCUGUCAGCGGCGAUGGGCCGGGGGCUACGCAGUCGUAUACGAUGCCUCAAUAUCACCCGAGACAGUCAGGGGAGAAUCGCUUUCAGACGGUUCCUUACAGCCAGCCGAUGGGAUUCUGUGCUAGCGUCCCAAUGCCUCAACAGCAGCAGCCUGCAAGAGAAUUCUAUCCAACGACCCAGUCAACACCUGCAGGGUUUGUGGGCAGCUUUACUUUCCUCGAAUCGCCUGAUCGUGUCUCGAGUACUGAUCCCUCUACGGCGUCCAGGAGCUCGUCCUCUGCAUCUCCGCAGGCAGCACCAUCGUCCCCGAAUGACCAGCAGGGUCUGGAGCGUCGCGGACUGAGUGACUACGCUACAGAAUUUCCUCUGCUUGCAGUCUACCAACCCCAUGCGACGCACAGAUCGCUUGGACUUGAAUGCUAA